GGUCUCUGACUCAGCUCAGGGCACCCCCUCCCCUUGCCCAGCUCCCCAAACCGGUCGGAGCCCUUCUGAAGGGCUUAUUAGAGGGGAGAGGCCCCUAUCUCCAUUACCCGCUUCCUUUCAGGAUUCCCGGGGUCUGGGCAUUAGGGAGGCACUCAUACCCACCUGUCCGGCAGACAGAAAAGUCAGCGCCCAGAGCGCAGAGGGAAGCGCACGGAAGCCUGAGCCGGCCCCGCCUCCUGGAGCUCUUUCGAAGCACCGGAGAGCUCGGGAGCCUCCUGGGACGCAGCCCCGCGCUGUCAGGCCACGCCCCCGGAACUCGGGCCCGCCCACUCCGCUGGAGCGCCGGGCGGUCAUGGGGACGCCGAGCGGCCGGGACAGGGGGUGCCGGCCGCCUCCGGCCCCAGAGGGCGACGCGGAGGUCUCGCCCCAAGGGGCUGCGCAGUCCCAGAUGCACCCCGAGGACCCACAGGAGCCGGAGGCGCCUGAGGCCCCGGAGGAGCCCCAGGGAGUGAAGGAGCUUCCGAGCGGCCGAGGAGCUGAGCAGCAGGCUGAGGAAGAGGAAGAAGUGGAAGAAGGCAGCAGCACGGAGAGCAGCCGCGACGCGGGGGAGGCUCCGCCCCCGGCACCGACCCCAGUCACGCCCCCCGCAUCUCCCCAGCCUGGGGAGAGAGUGCGAGGGGCUGCACGGAGGCUUCGAGAGCAGCAGCUGGAGGCACUGACCCGCGUGGCCCUGAUGGAGCAGCGCGUGAAGGAGCUACAGCGCCAGAGGAAGGAGCUGAGGAUCGAGAUGGAGGUGGAAGUAGCCCUUCUGCGGGGCGAGCUGGCUGGGGAGCGGGUGGCUGCCCGGCGCGAGGAGGAACAGCUCCGAGAGCUGCUUGGACAGCAGGGGGACACGGAGCAGGGUAGCCGGGAGCAGCGGGAACAGGAGCAGAGGCAGCUGAGCCAGGAGCGGGAUCGAGUGGAGGGUCUUCGCCAGAGACUCCAGGAGGCCCAGGGACAGCUGGACUCCCAGCCAGAGGAGCAGCGUGAGUGGCUCCUGCAAGGAGUACAGGAGAUGAGGGAACAGCUGGAUGUGGCCCAGCGUGCCUACGAGGACCUAGAGUUCCAGCAGCUGGAGCAGGAGAGCCGGAGGGAGGAGGAGGACCGGGACAGCACUGGGGCCCGGGCACUGGACCCCAAGGUCCAGGAACUCCAGGCCAGUGUGGCGCAGCACAGACGCCGGAUCCAGGUCUUAGAGGAGCAGCUCAAAUCGCUGGGGGAGCAGAUGGCAGCUGAGAGCCGGGGGCUGAGCCGGAAGAAGGAGGAGGCCCUUCAGGCCCUGACUCAGGAACGGGGCCGACUGCUCCAGCUUAACUGCCUCCAGGGAACUCCGGGUGGGGACUUUGCUGAGUCCAACCAGGCCCUCACUAAGCUCCUGUUCACCCAGAAGACAGACCGCCAGCUGCUGGUGCUGCAGGACCCCACCGCCCACACAGCCUCCGCCACUUCCUCUUGCCUCUUCUCCGUUCGCAGCUCCCUGCAGGGCUCCAUAGGCCUCCAGAGGACUGGAAGCCUGCCCCGGAAGAGGGGAGAGCGAGUGAGCCAGAGGGGAUCCCCCCGACCCAUGUCCCUUCAUUAUACAGGACCCCUGGAGGCCUCGGCCCUCCCAGCAGCGUCAGGAAACUCUGGAAGACACCCGCUCUAUCAGCUGCUGAACUGUGGCCCUGGGAACAGCUGUGGGGCCCUCCACCCAGACAUCGCCCGCAUGGAGCGGCUUCUGCAGCAGGCUGUGGCAGAGAGGGAGCGACUGCUCAAGGCCAGGGAAGGGAUGAGAAGAAACAAGGAAGUCUCCUCAGGCCCGGAUGUACCUGCCAUCAUGGACCCGCCCAUGCCUCCACCCCGCCCCCUGGGCCCUCGAGUCUUGGAUCUUCGGCAGCACCUGGAACGCUGGGGCCACAAUCCUGAAAGCUGCCCACACCUAAGGGUGUCGGGAGGCUGCUGCCGCGGAUCCCUGGUGAAGAUGGGCGGCCGCAUAAAGACCUGGAAGAAGCGGUGGUUCUGUUUCGACCGCCAGGCCCGCCGUUUGGCCUACUACGCUGACAAGGAAGAGACCAAACUCAAAGGCGUCAUCUACUUCCAGGCCAUCGAGGAAGUCUAUUAUGACCACUUACGCUGUGCCUUCAAGAGCCCCAACCCUCGCCUGACGUUCUGCGUGAAAACCUACGAACGUCUAUUCUACAUGGUGGCGCCCAGCCCGGAGGCCAUGCGCAUUUGGAUGGACGUCAUUGUGACGGCUGCAGAUGAGAAUCACGCCCUUUGAGGGGCCCCGCCCUCUUGGGGGAAGUACCGGUGAGGCUCCGCCUCUGAUGCCCCGCCCUAGGCCCCACCCGCCCACCCGCCCGCUGCGGAAGGCCUGGGCCCGCCCCUUUGGAACUUCGGGAAUCCUGCAGGUGCCGCGGCUCAGCAGGCCUGAGUCGUGGUGUUUUGGGCUGCAGGUGCCUUCCUGCGAUGGGAAGCCAGCCCUUGGGACCCUGCCCUGGGCAGGAGGAAGAUUGCAGGGGUGGGAAGGAACUAUUUAUUGGUGCUCCUGUGAUCCCGAAUUAAACACGGAGAAAGACCGUCGUUGAUGCAGUGUAUUUCUAGAACAGGUGUCCUGGGCCCCUUCGCCCUGACCUAGGCAGGACAUCCUAGUUCUAGGUAUCUCUAAGAGACAAACGUCCCACAGCCCGUUCUCCUCUCUUUAGGAAUGGAGGCCUUCAACAUUAAGGUCAAGCCUAGGGAGCUGGGGCAUGAGGAGAAGCACGUGUCUUUAAUCUUUGGCAAUUUUGUUAUUUUAGUUUGUGGGCCCCCCUGCUUCCACCCUUUUUGACUUGGCAGGGCUAUUGGUAGUUUCUAAGAACUUCUAGGCUCCUGUCCUCUGGGCCUUGGCAUAUAAUUAUUCUCUGCCUUGCCCUUAAGUGGUUAGCUCCUGGUUUCUCAGACUUGAGAUAUCUCUCCUUGAGGAAGCCCUUCCUGCCCCUCACAACUGGGUCAGGCACCCCAUUUUGAGCUCCCCUGUUCCAUCCCUAAACACCCUAGGUGAUCACUGGUAGUGGAUCUGGGUCCCAUAUGGACUGGGAGUCCCAUAAGGUCAUAGCCAGUGGUGUCCUGGUUACUACCAUGUCCUCAGCACCAUAGGGCACAUUUCAGUCUAUGAAAGUGGAAAAAAAUGCUUUCCUUUCA